AGCGUGAUGUUCGGACAAUGAUAGCGCGCGCAAUAUUUAAAUAUCGAACUAUGGUUGCCACAAAAAGAUGUGCUUGGGGUACGUGCAAAAACGACUCUCGUUACCCUGAACGUAUGCAAAAAAAUGUAGAAGGUGAUCCUGUGACAUUUUUCCACUUUCCUGGAGCGAAGAGAUGUCCAGAAAGGAGAAAACGGUGGAUUGAAGCAUGUAAACGUGGCGACUCAUUCAAUUGUAACAAGGAUAGUUACGUUUGCAGUGUUCACUUUGUGGGUGAAAAUGGGCCCACAAAAGAAAACCCUGAUCCUAUAUCUGCAACAACAAGUAAAGAAAAGGUUAGUAACAACAAUAUUAUCUUAAGUAUGAUGAGAUUUUAGCCCACAUUUCGUGUUUAUUAUCGACUGUUUGUUUACAUACGCAGCAGCGCAUGAUGAACCGUAAACGAAAAAUCCCUGUUGCCAGACAGAAGCCCGUGAAGAAACCUCGUCGAAGUGAUGUAAAAUCUGCUGCAAAUUCGCUGCUAAUGCUAGCCCAAGCACCGACGAAUUGUUGCAAGACCGACACCGAACUUAAUGUCGCUGAGAUAUUGUUGUCGUUUAGUGCAAAUAGUGCUGCGACUGUUGGCCCUUGCAGCAAUCUGUGCAGCGACAAAUCCAACAACGAAGAUCAUCCUAGCAUCGACGAAACUUCUAACGUAGAAACGUUUGUAGACGACAAGAUUGAACAAUCAGUUGUUUGUAGUACGCAGGUGAGCUGAUAAAAGCAGUACUGAAUGUUUUGCGCGUGAAUUUCGGUGAUAGUGUUCACAUUUAUGUUUAGACCAACGUUGAGCUUUGUCAUUUGAACCCAUAUCAAGACAAAAUGUUGGUAGACAGUGCUGAGAUGCAUAAGCAUCUUUUCCUAGCUAAAGUGGACGAUCCAAAGAAAACGAUGCACUAUACAGGUGAGUAGUUAGUUUUGUUUUAAAACAAGCUGUGUGACGUGAUUUAUUACAACUAUUUAUUGUCUUUGCAGGCAUGAGCAAGGAAUGCCUUGAUACGAUUUUUAAUGAAAUCUUAAAACAAAAAGCAAAACGAAUUCACUAUUGGAGGGGUAAAAAGAGAACGAAGUUGACGACCAGCCAUAGUAUGUAUAUCAAGAAGAAGUAUGAUAUGUGCAAACUCACAACCAGGGAACAGUUUCUGUUCACAUUAAUAAGGUUGAGAAGGAAUGUCAGUAUUGAAAUGUUAAGUGGUAUAUUUGGCAUUUCUAAUGGGACUGGUAGCCGGAUUUUUGUAACCUGGAUUCUCUUCAUGAGUAAGGAACUAAAAUGUUUUGUGCCCUUCUCAACGUUAAAUGAUUUGCAAGGGAUUGAAUUUCCAACGGCACUUCGUGGUAUAAAGAACCUCAGAGCUAUCAUUGAUUGCACUGAAUUCUAUGUAGAGAAACCUUCGAGACCACACUGCCAAAGAACCACCUACAGCCAGUACAAGUCCACCAAUACCUUCAAGUUGUUGAUCUCAAUGUCUCCUUUACCUCAUCUUAAUUUUGUUUCAAGACUCUUCACUGGCAGUAUUAGUGAUAAAGAAAUCGUAAAAGAAAGUGGUUUUUUGGAUCAUCUUGAAGCAGGUGAUGUGGUGAUGGCCGACAAAGGUUUUAAUAUUCAAGACCUGCUAGCACUCAAAGAAGCAAAGCUUUUGGCCCCACCUCUUUUAAGGAAAGGAAAUGUGUCUGCUGUAACAUCAACUCAAACUCGACGUGUGGCCACAAUAAGAGUACAUAUUGAAAGAAUGAUCAGAAAACUAAAAUGUUUUACUAUUCUGAAAGGUGCUUUCCCUUUAACAAUGAAGCCUCAUGUAAACUCAAUAAUUGCUGUUUGUGCUGCAUUAGUAAAUUUGCAGCCCAGUUGUAUAAACAAGGAGGAAGAAUACUGUAGACUUGAGCUGUAA